AAGAAAACCAGAACACAGAUCCCGGAAACUGACUUUACAUCAAAAUUGCAAUCCCCGGCUAGUUCACGCACAACCCAUUUAGUUCUUUUAUUUCUUCCUAUCGAAAAAUUACUACGAAUUACUUCCCCCUGCAGCGCGAAAAAAAAGAUUGUUUCCCCGAGGUUGUUUUGAUGAAUGUGUAAAAACAAAGUAGAGAAUUUCUGAAUUAAAAAGUUUCAUUUCUAAAUAUUGUGGCGACACAAGAAAAACGUCAUGAUGAGGUCUUUUUCCAAAACGCCUAGCAUCGCGUCUUGAUGAGCACCCUUUGUAAAAAAAAGUAGCGACAUCGGCACAUCAAUGUAGUUUCUGCUUGUACUUUUUUCUUUUGGCGACUCACUCGGUAGUACUACACAACGAGCAUUUAUCAAAGUACAACUUCCUUGAUGUUGUACUUCUUGUAGGGAUAGCGAUUUUUGUUUGUCUCUGCUUCUUGACAACAGCAUUCAUAUUCUUGCAUCUUCUGUAGACACCACGACCACGACUAAACAGAAACGACAAUAUGUCGUGGCAUAACAACCGCGGUUGGGGGUACAACAAGGGGGGUGGUAAGCACCACCCCGGCUACAAGCAACCCCUAAUCGAGUACUUCAUGGACUUUUGCCGGGACAGCGACAAGUCCGGGGUUCUGACCACCCCGACCUUUGCCUUCAACCAGCUGCCUAUCGAGAUCGGCGAUCCGGCGGGAAAAUGGUACUGCGAGCUGACGGUUUUCGACAAGGAAAAGCGGUGCCAACUGACGUAUACCAACAUGGAGCCGCAAUUGGUGAAGAAAACCGCGCAGGAACAGUCCAUCGUGCAGUUUAUCAACUGCAAAAAUGUCUGGGUCUGUAAGAGUGCAAGACUUGUGAUGCUGCAUCAGGAUGUGAAAAAAAUCUGUGUUGCAUGAGCAGCAGAAGGAGCCUAAUUUUUGUUACGCAGAGAGGGCAUCUGUCAUGCGGAAUAGGCAUGAAGAAUCCCUCAAAAAACCUGUGAAGAUGCUAGAGCAUGCAUCACAGACAUCACGGCCCAUGCAAAACGUGCAUGACAAGUCUCAGAAUCAUCUGCCAGACCCAGACAUUUUUGCAUUUGAUACAAUUCUUCGAGCAACGGUUCAUCCCCCUCGACGUGAACCAGUUUUACUCCACUUUAGGGGAGGCCGAGCGGCAGAAGUCGCAUGUGGAGCGGCUCCGACAGCAAAAAAUCAUCGGGCUGACCAAAAAACAGAUCGCGGAGCGGAAGGCCCAGGGUGUGGGGUUCGAGUACCUGGCCCAAGCGCAGGGCGAUGGAAACCUCAUGAAUGCGGCAGUGGAUACGCUGACCGACGAACAGCUGUUGGCGCUGUCGCAACAAAACGUGGACUUCGGGAAAGAAGUGAAGUUGCUAACCGAAGACGAAGAGAGACGAUUGCUAAUCGAGGGGGGAGCGGAUUUGGCCCCGGCGAUUGGUGGAGGAAGUAUGUCGGAAGAGGAAAGCGCAGGGAAGAUGGCGUAUUUAUUACUAAAUUCUUUUGAUGUACAACUUUACAAUAAAUGGCACUUCGCAUGACAAGUUACUCAUUCAAAAAUUUUGGUCUGUGAUGCAUUGCCAGUGUAUAGAGAUUAGAGUUUGUGAUGCGCAUGUCACAAUACAAACAGCGCCGACGACGAGUACCUGAAAUACCUGCUUCCGAUAUCAGCUGCAAAAAUGUUUGGGUCUGGAAGAUUGCAACUUGUGAUGCUGUUUUUGGACUCUAAGAAAAUUUGUAUUGCAUGACCAGCAAGAGGGGUGCGCUUUGUGCUACACGGACAGGGCAUUUCUCAUGCGCAAGGUGCACCAGGAAGGGUUCUAAAAAUCUGUAAUGCUAGGUCAUACAUUACAGACUAUCAUGGGUCAUGAGAAAUAUGCAUGACAAGUCUUGCAUUCUUCCAGACCCAGACAUUUUUGCAUUUGAUAUCCGAACGAGGACGACGACGACGAGGACAUGGACCCGGAUCUGAAGCUAUGCAAUGCAAAUUUUUCAUCUCGGUCUGAAUUUGUGAUGCGAGAUGUGCAUGCGAGAAGGAUCUGUCGUGCAGGAAGAGAACCGGCGUUUAUUUUUUUGUCAUGCGGGCUGCCACGUCGAAGUCGACCGCCAGUUUGUCAUGCAAGUCACAAUUGGAAAAUGAAAAAUGAAAAUCCGGAAGUGGAACAAGCCUUUAUUGAACUGCUCACUCGUACGCGUAGUUUUUGAUGCCGUAUCAAAGGCACCAGACCUACGUAGGUUUGGUCAUGCAAGACUCAACAGCAUGAUAUAAAAAACCAAAAAUCUUCAAAAAUUCUCUUGCUUUGUUCAUCUCAGACCCAGAUUAGGAUUUUUUCCAUUGCAUACGAACAAUCCCUCGGCCUGCCCCCAAACGCGAAAAAACAACGGACGGAUAAAGGUUCUGCUUUCAAGGGCGCGGCCGUAUCCCACAGAAAAAAGCAAGCAGGUCAUAUUUGUCAUGCAAAAGUAAAUAGACAAAAAAAUCUGUAUUGCGUUUGCGUGUCCUAAGCAGCUGCACCAUGCUAUGGGCUCGCCGAUGACAGAUUUUUUCGUGUAUUUAUUUUUGCAUUACAAAUCUGACCUGCCUGUCUUUUUCUGUGGCAUAGGCGGGUACGGGCGCGAACAACACCGGGCUCGGGCAGAAGGUCGAGUACCCGAACAUGAUGCCGACGAAGGGGGGCAAGUGGGGGAAGUUUGGGAAGCUGCCGCAACAGGGCUGGGGAAACUGGAAGGGAUAUCCUAUGUAAAAACGUCCUCACCCCAGAGUCAAAAUCGGAAAUCUGCAACACAAAUCUCCAAGCUUUGGGAGUUCUGCAUGACAAGUUUCCAUCUGCAGGGUAGUGCUAGUUAGCAAGGGCAGCCGCAGGAGAAACCCAGCUUCUCAUCCUGUUUACAGCAUUACAAAGUCCAAAACACGAUUGGAAAUGCCUCUCAUGCAGAUACGCAUCACAAAUGGUUCUGUCAUUGCGCAUUUGCAUGACAACUCUGGUGUCGUGGGGACGGUUUUGCCGAGGAUAAGGGAAAAGGCGGGGGCAAGCACGACAUCCCGGACUGGCUGAAGAACAGCAACCAGGCGGAGAUGCUGCUCCGCGGCCAGAGCGGCCGGCUCGGGAAAAAGCACAACCCGAACGAGAUUGCGCUGCCCGGCGAGCUAUGCAUGGCAAAUAUGUCUGGGUCUGGAAGAUUGUGAGAUUUCUCAUGCUAGUUUGGCAUGACUCUGAACUCUGUAUUGCGUAGGGCCAUCGGAAGACCUCCUCUUGUCUGUCAUGCAAAAACGAUGUUUCUCAUGCGGAAUACGCAACACAGAGCCACGGGAAAAUCUGUCAUGCUUGACGGUGCAUUACAGUGCGCUUCCUGUUCACUAACAUGCAUCACAAGUUUCCAGACCCAGACAUUUUUACGCUUGAUACGAGCAGUUCAAACGCGCGGUCGAAGCCGUCAGCAAGGAAGAGGAGGUAUGACAGUGCACAACUCCCCCUCCCCCUCAUUUGUAUUGCGUGAACAGCAAUACAAACACCGCCACACGUGGAGCCUGUGCAUGACAAAUUCAUGCGCCUACUGUAGUGCUGUUUGGGCUUCCGGAAUCUGUCAUGCAAACAGUGCGACAGAAGAGCACUUGGAUUUGGUAUUUUGCAUGACAAAUGAGGGGGAGGGGGAGUUGUGCACUUUCAUAGGAGGACGAGGAGUUUGCGCGCAUGCAGCCGCCGGAACCGUUACCGGCCGGGGCGAUUCCGCUGUUACCUUUAGGUGGAUCCUAUCAAUUGCAAAUAUGUCUGGGUCUGGAAAUUUGUGAUGCUAAAAUGUGCAUGAUGAAAACACCUCCUCAUGUAGGAAAGCAUGACAAGUCUGCGCAACGCUUUAUCAUACGAGCUCCGCAUGAGAAACUGCGUUUUUGUAUGACGUGAGAGGCUGCCACUUUUGUUGGUCAUGCAAUACAGAUUUCACAGGAAUGCAAGACCAGCAUUACAAGUUCCAACUUUCCAGACCCAGACAUUUUUACAUUUGAUAGAUCCGCGGGGGAGAUCCGGGAGGCGGUCGCGCGAAACGCGAUUGCUAUGCAUUGCAAAUAUGUCUGGGUCUGGAAGAAUGCAAACUUGUGAUGCGCAUUGUGCAAUCUCUCAUGCGCAGGCAGCAAAAGCUGCCCCCUUUUUGUCUCCAAAGUGGGGCAUUUGUCAUGCGGAUUCGGCAUUGCGGGAGCUUGUCGAAACCUGUCAUGCUAGAGCUUCCAUGCCAGACCUUCUGUGUCAUGCAAAAGUAGCAUGAUUUUUCUUCCAGACCCAGAUAUAUUUGCAUUUGAUAAUUGCGCCCGAGCCGACGAAUCCGAAGUUCAAGGAGGAAAAAGCUCUGCCCAUGGCGGGGACCUUGAUGCCCUUGCCGAAAGGGGAUAUGUCGAUCACCUCCGCAAUCAUCAAGUAUGGAAUGGAAAUAUGUCUGAGUCGGCAAGGUUGCAACUUGUGAUGCUGUCUUUGGAGGCUAAAAAAAAAUAAAAUUUGUAUUGCAUGACCAGCAAGAGGAGUUCAGUUUGUCUUUGUGCCACGCGGAGUGGGCAUUUCUAAUGCGGAAUACGCAUCAGAAGGCCCUUUUUGAAAAUCUGUGAUGCUAGGUCAUGUAUUACAAGGUUCAUGGGUUAUAAUGCAGAAUAUGCAAGACAUCAAACCUGGCAAAAAUCUUCCAGACCCAGACAUAUUUGCAAUCCAUAUCAAGCAGGCCGUGACGAAAGCGCCGGAGGCGAAGGACGACCCGAUAUUGUAAUGAAAAAUCCCCCCUUCCCAUAUCGAACUGAAAAUUUGUGAUGCUGAUUUGUGGCCACAAAUCAGCUUUGUCUUGCGUACAAGGCAAACGGCACCCAUGUGGCGCAUUUUACAGCGAGUCUGUCAUGCGUUUUCGCCUAAGUCAGACUUGUUUCUGAUGCUCAGCUGCUAGCCGUAUGCGUACCCACAUGGGCGUAGAAUAAGCCGACAAGCUCUUGCUGCAAUACAAAGCUCAUUCGUGUACUCAAAUCCAGCAACACAAAUUGCUUCUUUGAUAUGGGGUGGGGGCUUUUUUCAGUUUGAUACCCGAAACUCCGCGCCGCGAUGAAGAGGGAGAAAAUCGUGCAGGAGGCGGCCAAACGGUUCGAGAUGGCGCAAUCCCGCGGGCAGUUUUUGGACCCGAAGCCCGGGUUCGCGUACCGGACCUUCAUAUGCAAUGCAAAAAUGUCUGGGUCUGGACGAUUCUUACAUUUGUCAUGUGCAUGUCUGACAUGACUCGAGAAUCUGUGAUGCAUAGGGGCAUUGGAAUAAAAGGCUCUCCUAUCUGUCAUGUAAAACGUUGUUUGUCAUGCGGAAUACACAUAGCAGCUCAAAAGUUUGUCAUGCCUGGCUGCGUAUUGCAGUCCGGCCAUCAUCCACUUUUAGCAUUACAAGUUUCCAGACAUCCAGGGAUUUUUGCAGUUGAUACUUCAAAUUGGUCACAGGCGUGGAAAUCCCCGAGCCAGUGUUGAACAUCCAGGGACUGUUAUGCAAGAAAAAAACUAUGUCUGUGUAAGUCAAAGUCUAUGAUGCAGGAAAUGCAAAACUGUUACACUUGUCAUGCUGGAUCUGCGUAAUAGGCUAGCUUCAUACGUGUUUCCACUGAUACUAGCUGCGCAUGACAGGUUUUCCCUGUAAUGCAAAACGAAUCUGUGAUGCUGCUAUUCCUAGAAAGUUAAUACACCUACACAGUUUUUUUCCUGGAUAACUGUGGUCCGUCGUGGACCCGCAGGCCCGGCCGGCCGGGUCCGCAGUCGCGGAAGCGCGCGGGGUCGGCAUCGGGGCGCCGGCGUUUCAGCCGCAGGAGGGGCGGGGCGGCGAAACCGCGGGGGACAACGAUUCG